AUGGGGCUCUGCCAUGGCAAGCCGACGCAAAUCCCGGAGGCCGAGGCGGAGGAGGAUCCCCACGUAGCCUCCGGCGCGGGCGACGGCGGGGACGGGGCGACCUCGCCGUCGGCGGCGACGGCGCCCGCGGCCAAGCCGGGCACGCCGAAGCAGCCCAAGUUCCCGUUCUACCUGCCCAGCCCGCUCCCGCCGUCCAGCUACAAGGGCUCGCCGGCGAACUCGAGCGUCGCGUCCACGCCGGCGCGCGGCGGGUUCAAGCGCCCGUUCCCACCGCCGUCGCCCGCCAAGCACAUCCGCGCUCUCCUCGCGCGGCGGCAUGGCUCCGUCAAGCCCAACGAGGCGUCCAUCCCCGAGGGCGGCGAGCCGGAGCUCGGCCUCGACAAGAGCUUCGGCUUCUCCAAGCACUUCUUCGCCAGGUACGACCUCGGCGAGGAGGUCGGCCGCGGCCACUUCGGCUACACGUGCUCCGCCAAGGCCAAGAAGGGCGAGCACAAGGGCCAGGACGUCGCCGUCAAGGUCAUCCCCAAGGCCAAGAUGACAACAGCUAUUGCCAUUGAAGAUGUGAGAAGAGAAGUGAGAAUAUUGAGUUCUCUGACAGGCCACAGUAACCUAGUGCAGUUCUACGAUGCUUUCGAGGAUGAAGAUAACGUGUAUAUAGUUAUGGAAUUAUGUAAAGGAGGUGAACUGCUGGAUAGGAUAUUGGCUAGAGGUGGAAAGUACUCUGAAGAGGAUGCGAAGGUUGUUAUGGUACAAAUUUUGAGUGUUGUAUCAUUUUGCCAUCUUCAAGGUGUUGUUCAUCGUGAUCUGAAACCAGAGAAUUUCCUUUUCUCUUCAAAGGAAGAAAACUCUCCCUUGAAGGUCAUAGAUUUUGGCUUGUCUGACUUUGUGAAGCCAGAUGAAAGACUAAACGACAUUGUUGGAAGUGCAUACUAUGUUGCUCCAGAGGUGCUCCACAGAUCUUAUGGCACUGAGGCAGAUAUGUGGAGCAUUGGAGUAAUUGCCUACAUCUUACUAUGUGGGAGUCGGCCAUUCUGGGCGCGCACGGAGUCAGGAAUCUUUCGAGCUGUCUUGAAGGCGGAACCAAGUUUUGAUGAGGCCCCAUGGCCCACUCUCACAGCUGAAGCUAAAGAUUUUGUAAAAAGGCUUCUUAAUAAGGAUUAUCGCAAGAGAAUGACGGCCGCACAAGCCCUCAGUCAUCCAUGGAUCCGUAAUGCUCAACAAGUGAAAGUUCCUUUGGAUAUGAUAAUCUAUAAGCUAAUGAGAGCUUACAUCAGUUCGUCUUCACUGCGGAAGUCUGCUUUGAGGGCCCUAGCCAAGACGCUGACAACGAACCAACUCUUUUAUGUAAGGGAGCAGUUUGAAUUGCUGGGCCCAAACAAGAAUGGUUAUAUCUCAUUGCAAAAUCUGAAAUCGGCUCUAGUGAAGAACUCCACAGAUGCAAUGAAGGACUCUAGGGUGGUUGACUUUGUUAACACUGUGUGCACUCUUCAGUACAGAAAAUUGGAUUUCGAAGAGUUUGCUGCUUCUGCCAUCAGUGUUUACCAGAUGGAAGCCUUGGAGACCUGGGAACAGCAUGCGAGGCGCGCAUAUGAUCUGUUUGAUAAGGAAGGAAACCGGCCUAUUGUGAUCGAAGAACUUGCAUCGGAACUCGGACUUGGCCCAUCAGUGCCUCUUCACGUUGUCCUCCAAGACUGGAUCAGACACGCCGAUGGGAAGCUGAGCUUCCUGGGAUUCAUCAAGCUUCUGCACGGGGUUUCGUCGCGCUCUAUUCCAAAGGCCUAGCAUACACCAUCCAUCCCCGCAUAUCCAUAUCCAUCAACCAAGGAGAUGACCGAUGGCUAAGCCAAUCUCUGGCUGGUGCGUGUGUGCGUGUGUGUGUUGUGUUCAAGGGUGGCUGGAGGGUAGACGGCCUGAAACCAAUGCAAAGACGAAGAGAAAUGCCUGAUAGUCCUUGUAGUAAGAGUAAGGCAACAAAAGGCCUGAUGCUUGUGCCUUAUAUACCACUUGUACCCCAUCCCUUGCCACGUGGAUUGAUGAUCGUUGUUGUUGUACUGAAGUAAGCUGUUGUGUAGACGAGUGUACAGAUGAGGAUAGGAAAAAAAAUGAAUAUGAUGGAAGGUCCGAAAGAUUUGCGACUGCUGUUUGUCAA